GACGGAGGGCUGGAGGGGCGAAGGCGGCGGGACUCCGGGGGCUGGACGGAAAGGGAAGGAUGCCCCCGGGGUCCGCCCCCCACGUGAAAUGGGCGGAAGACAUGACGUGCAUCCUCCGCCCAUGGGACAGCACGGAGUGCCGACCAUGUACAUAUACUCGCAGCCCUCCCUCUGCUGCACACCACCGCCCUCCCUCUUCUCACACACACCCAUCAACAUCCCAUAGCCCACCAUGGUCGCCGGCGUACAGAUCCACACCAGCGUCGCCCAGCAGGCCCAGUCCGAGAUCCUCACCGAGGACGCCCUCAAGUUCCUCGCCGCCCUCCACAGAACCUUCGAGUCCACCCGCCAGAGCCUCCUCAUCGCACGCGAGGCCGCACAGCUCCGCCUCGACGCAGGACAGCCCCUCGACUUCCCUCCCGAGACCGCACACAUUCGCGCCGACCCCUCAUGGCUCUGCGCGGCCCCCGCGCCCGGUCUCGAGGACCGGCGCGUCGAGAUCACGGGCCCCACCGACCGCAAGAUGGUCAUCAACGCCCUGAACAGCGGCACGAAGACGUUCAUGGCUGACUUCGAAGAUGCGAACUGUCCCACGUUUGCGAACAUGGUCAGCGGCCAGGUCAAUCUCCGCGACGCGAUAAGGCGCAAGAUCGACUUCGAGCAGGGCGGGAAGCAGUACAAGCUCAGCGAAAAGCCCGCCGUGCUGAUUGUCCGUCCGCGUGGCUGGCAUUUGGACGAGCCUCGAUUGACCAUCGACAACGCGCCCAUGAGCUCGUCGCGCGCGGGUCGGGCCUACUAUUACCUUCCUAAGAUGGAACACUACCUCGAAGCGCGUCUCUGGAACGACGUCUUCAACUUCUCGCAGUCAUACAUUGGCAUUCCUCUCGGCACCAUCCGCGGUACCAUGGAGGAGAUUCUCUUCGAGCUCAGGACACACUCUUCAGGUCUCAACUGCGGCCGCUGGGAUUACAUCUUCAGCUUCAUCAAGAAGCGCAGGGCAGACAGGAGCGCUGUUCUUCCGGACCGCAAGGACGUCACCAUGGAGGUGCACUUCAUGGAUCCUACUAUGCACAGGCGACGAGUUGCGGCGAUGGGAGGCAUGUCUGCGCAGAUCCCGAUCAAGAACGACGUUCGCAAUGACAAGUUGCGCGAGGUCACUGCCGGUCACGACGGCACAUGGAUUGCGCACCCGCUCAUCAACAAGAUUGCCAUGGACAUCUUCAACGAGCAUAUGUGGGUCCCAACCAGGGAGGACGUAAAAGUCGCAGCUGCCGAUCUGCUGAGUACCAAGGCGCCAGGCCAGAUCACGUCCGCCGGUGUCCGCGAAAACGUCGCGACUGCGCUCUCCUACAGCGCGGCAUGGCUCGGCGGGAACGCUCUGGCAGUGGGUCAAGUAGGCGUGCGCAUGGCGGACAAGGGCGAGACGGUCACGGCGGCGUACGUCGACCGCGUCAUCGACGAGCUCGUGCCCGCGCAGAAGGGCCCGAUGGUCAGCGAGAAGAACCUAGACAUCAUCGCGAAGUACUUGAAGGCGCAGAUCCGGAAGGAGUGGCCGAGCGAGUUCUUGACGAGCGACCUGAUGGGCUACCUCGCCGUCGCUGACGGGUGCCCGGCGGCGUGGCAGAAGAGCGUGCUGUGAAUGGGUUCUGUGUCGAUGUCUAAUGAGUGUAUAUGAUCCGUUUGGGAUACCUUGUAUUGUAGCACCAUAUCGUAUUUUCGCACUUGUACAGUAGCGCAGUGGGUUACUCAAUGAUCAGACAUGAAUGACUUGUAA